AUGCCCGUUUCUGCUGACGUCUCACAGAACGGCCACGUCCCCCUGAUUGUCUCCAUAGACGUGGGGACUACGUCCUCUAGGGUACUGCUAUUCAACAAGUUUGGUAAGGAGGUCACCAGACAUCAAAUCGAGUACUCGACCUCCGCAUCGAGCCAGAAGUACACCCCUGCGGGGGCUAGAAGAAAAUCGCUUAACGACUACUUGGCAAGGGCUCAGGCUGGAGACCACACUCCAAAGACCAUCUACUCGUCAGUGGGUAUGAUGAUUGAGGAGAACGACAAUCUCGAAAUCGAAGACUUGAACGAAAAACUAACCGAGAAAAGAGGCCCUACGCUACGGUACCCAAAGCCAGGUUGGAUAGAGUGCAAUCCAACAACACUGCUGAUCAACGUUCUACAAUGUCUCGCGCUCUCGUUGAACUCUUUGAACAGAGUAAACACACUGAGAAUGGCAGAUUCCAAACUCCCAUACAAGGUGAAGUGCAUUGGGAUCACGAAUAUGAGAGAAACAACGAUUGUAUGGUCCAAACGCACGGGCAUGCCCGUCAUUGAUUACGGGAUUGUCUGGAAUGAUACCAGAAACGGCGAAAUCAUUCGGCAGAGGGAGAGGGAUACACCAGCGGAACAGGUGCUCGAGUUGCAGAACAAAACAGGCCUCCCACUUUUCUCCACCUAUUUCUCUUGCUCCAAAUUACGCUGGCUAUUGGACAACGAACCAAAAGUUAGGGAACACUAUGAAUCAGGGGACUUGAUGUUCGGGACUGUUGACACUUGGCUGCUUUACCACUUGACUUCUACCAAUGAGUUUGUGUCCGACGUCACCAACGCCUCACGGACUGGAUUUAUGGAUCUGGAAGCAAUGAAAUACGAUGACAUGCUACUGAAUUAUUGGGGGAUCGACCGUCAGAAGAUCAACCUCCCCACUAUUAAGUCGUCUGCAGAAUUUUACGGGACGUUUAGAGCUCCAGAACCCCUCAGGAAUGAAUUUCCACCCAAUCUAUGGGAUGUCCUUUUGAAAUUCCAACGGGGCGAUAUACCAAUCCAAGGUUGCCUUGGGGAUCAAAGUGCCUCUUUAGUGGGUCAAAUGGCCUAUACGAAAGGAUCUGCUAAAUGCACGUACGGCACUGGAUGUUUCCUGCUUUACAAUACUGGUACUCAAAAGUUGAUCUCCAAACACGGGGCUUUGACAACUAUAGGUUUCUGGUUUCCAUACCUCACGGAGGGUGAUGAUUGGAACCAGCCUCACUUCGCGUUGGAGGGUUCAGUUGCAGUGGCAGGUUCAGUUGUCCAAUGGCUGAGAGAUAAUCUAAGACUAAUCAAUCGCGCCCAAGACGUCGGUCCCCUUGCCAACGAGGUUCCCGAUUCAGGCGGCGUGGUGUUUGUCCCCGCAUUCAGUGGGUUGUUUGCGCCAUACUGGGAUGGGAGUGCACGUGCCACUAUCAUGGGUAUAUCGCAGUUCACAACCGCAUCGCACAUUGCAAGGGCUGCAGUGGAAGGUGUAUGUUUCCAGGCAAGGGCCAUUCUGAAAGCGAUGAGUUCCGAUGCAUACGACGGUGACAUUUCAGAUGACAUCGAUCUGUUGGAGAGCGGUAUUGGUCAUGAUCACACCUGUGCCUACGAGAAGAGCUUGCUAUCAACACUGUCCGUCGAUGGUGGGAUGUCCAGGUCCGACGAGGUUAUGCAAAUCCAAGCGGACAUAUUGGGGCCCUGCAUCAAGAUAAGACGGUCUCCUGUAUUAGAAUCGACCGCGCUAGGUGCUGCCAUUGCUGCAAAUAUGGCGUAUAAGACUCCGGAGGAGCGUGUUCUGUGGAAAGAUUUGAAGGAUGCCAAGAAAUGGAUUUUCUACCGCGGCCACGACAAAAAUGAAGAGAUCUCUCAAGACCAGCACCCCAAUUUGAAAGUGUUCCGCAGUCAAUCCGAGGAUGAGGAAAGGCGCAAACAUUGGAAGAUGUGGGAAGCUGCCAUUGCCAGAUCUAGAGGUUGGUUACGGGAUGCUGAGGGGGAACAUCCACAAGUACUCGAGGAGUGA